AUGGCUACCAGUCUCAACCUCCUCUGGUUCCUGUUAUUCAUGAUAUUCCUGUCCUCAUCUGUAGCUUUUGACUCACGGAAUGUGCUCGAACGACGCAAAGCGAAUCUGGCUCCUGGUCUCACACCCGAUCCACCACCGCGACACCCAAGCUACGAUAUCGGUCGAUAUAUUGAGUUCUACCAAUUUGAUGCAUUGGCCGGGGAAUGGGCAACAACUUACAAAAGCUGGGUAGUGAAUACCCUGAUUGAGGCGAUGGACGUUAUGCAGAAUGCAGUGACUGUUCUCUCUGAUGAUGCUGCCACUGGAGGGCCUCCAGCGAACCCUUCCUUCCGACGGUACUUUUUCGACGCAGACAUACAUGGGGUGACGAAUGUUUUCAGACGACUCCUCGCAGCAAUUGGGGCGCCAGGCUACGAACACCUGAGGCAGUCAUAUGUCACCAUGCUCUGUGGUAAUUAG